GUAGCGCGCAAAGCCGCAAACAAUCAAAACCACACGAGCCAAGCCGAAGCGAGGUGGAGUGGAGACGACGAUGGCAAUGGCGCCACUGCACGGUUGCCCCUCCCCCUCGCCCACCCCGACCACCGCCCCUCCCCCUCUCCUCCCUCUGCCUCCAUCUCCGCCUUCAUCGCCUCCAACCCCACCCUCACGCUCCUCCACACGCGAUGAGCCUCCAUGGCGCACCUGCGCCAGCUCCACGCCGCGCUCGUCAAGUCCGGCCACGCCAAGGACCCCAUCGCCGCCAGCCGCGCCGUCUCUUUCUGCGCGGGCCCCGGUGGCGACGUCGCCUACGCGGAGCGCAUCGUGAGGCACCACCCGAGGCCCAACUCCUUCAUGUGGAACACCGUGAUCAGGGCGCUGUCCGACGGGGCCCGCCCGGAGGCCGCCGUGGCGCUGUUCGUCGACAUGCUCGGCUCGCCCACGCCGCCCGAGCGGCGCACGCUCCCGUCGGUGUUCGCGGCGUACGCGCGCCUGGCCAAGCUGUCGUCUUGGAACGCCAUGAUGCAGGGGCUGGCCGUGCACGGGCAUUGGCAAGAAGCGAUCGCCUUGUUCUCCGAGCUGAAAUCGCACAGCCUGUGCCCCGACAACGUCACCUUCAUCGCGGUCCUAACGGCCUACGGGCCCUCCGGCAUGCCCGACGAGGCGAAGGCCGCGUUCGCAUCAAUGGCGACCGAGCACGACUUGGAGCCGGGGAUCGAGCACUACGGCUGCCUCGUCGACGCGCUCGCCCGCGCCGGGCGGCUCCGAGAGGCGGAGGACGCGAUCCUGGCGAUGCCGAUGGCGCCCGACGCGGCCGUCUGGGGCGCGCUGCUCUCCGGGUGCCGACUGCACGGCGACGCCGAACUGGGCGCGCGCGUGGCGCGCGAGGCCGUGCGGUGCGACCCGCGGGACAGAGGCGCGUACGUGCUGGCCGCGAGCGUGGCGGCGCGCGUCGGGGACGCCGCGGGCGUGAGGGGGCGGAUGAGGGAGGCCGGCGUGGACAAGGUGCCCGGGUGCAGCAUGAUCGAGGUGAACGGCGUCGUGCACGAGUUUUUGAGCUAGUGCAGUGGCAGAGCAUGAUACGGGACUAUGGUGGUAAAAGCGUACAAUUGUUUGCCCUUAAAAAACAUACAAUUGUACGAAUGCCCUACGCGUACAUUGUACAGAUCUAAAUUGUACUCACUAAGUACAGGCUGAGCUCAUACCUGAAACUGCUCAGUAACAUGAGCAAAACCUAAUUGGGAGCACUGCCCGGACUAAGAUUGUUCUGAACCUUGUUUUCUCGAAAGGAUUUGAAAGACAGUACAACCAGGAGCCGUGGUAUGACAAAU